AUGGCGCCUCCAGAGACACACAUAGCGCAAACGAGACGGCAAGAAACCCUGCAGGCUCGCAGGCGCGAUCUGCCAUCCGCGUUGCUGACGACGCCCAUUGCAUUGUUCAGACUGAUCCUUAACAUCUCCCUCAUUCCCUUCUUCGCGUUCAUGGGAGCGCUCUACGUGACCAUCCAGAAGGCCAUCGUCUACUUCUUUGCCCCGCGCACACCGCCCAGGCACAUGCACCAUCCCCACGGGCGCAUCGCCGUCAUUGGCGCUGGGCUCACCGGGAUUGCCUCUGCUGCGCAUUGCAUCGCGCACGGGUUCGAGGUCGUCAUAUACGAGGCGACGGACCGCGUCGGUGGCGUCUGGGCGCAUGAGAACGAAAAGUCUGGGCUACAGCUGAACUCGAUGAUGUACCGGUUCCAUCCGGCUCUUGUGUGGAAGAGCGCAUUUCCUCAGCGCGAUGAGAUCCUCCAUCAGGUAAACAAGAUCUGGAAGCUCUACCGCCUUGAAGAGCGCACUCGAUUCAAUACACCUGUAGAUAAGGUGGAACGGAAACGACGCUCCACGGAGUCCGCAGAAGGCACGUUGAACUUGAGCGAGGUUCGGCAUAUCUCACCGUCAGAAUGGUACAUCAACGACGGCGAAGACGGCCCUUUUGACGCUCUCAUCGUCACCGUUGGCGCGUGCGGCGACCCGAAGUGGAUCCCGCUCGAAGGUCUUCCUGAGGACGUGCUCAACCGCAACCCGCGCACGGAACCUCCGAAGGAAGGCAUCGCCCAAGAGCAAGAUGAGUCUCAAUCCACUUCUCAGGAGCACAAUCACGCCGAGGAAAAGCACCGCACGGGCGCGGAUUAUCCGCAGGGGCAGGGCCUGACGGAGUCGCAGUUGAAGAACGAGCGCAAGAAGCGGCGUAAGCACCGGAAGAGGGCGCGUGAGGCUCGUGAGGCGGGCUCGGAGCCCGCGCCGGAGGACGCCGAGUAUGAGUUAGAGUCGGCGACUGAGAACGGCAACGGCGGCGGGCACGACACGGAUGCGUCGCAUGUGAAGCUUGCGGGGUCGCCGAAGGGCAAGGCGGCCGAGGUCGACGAGCAUCAGCAUCAGUCGGGGCCCCAGUACCAGCAGAAGCAGAAGGAUAUGGGCGUGUUCAGGGGCAAGGUAAUGCAUUCGUGCGAGCUUGAUAGGGCGACGGAGAAGGACUUUGCGGGGAAGACGGUUUUGGUGCUUGGGAAUGGUGCUUCGGGGAUUCAGGCUGUCGAUAUGGCGCUUGGUCGUGGGGCGAAGAAGUGUAUCAUGAUAUCCAAGGAUGAUAAGUGGAUUCUCCCAAGGAACGUUAUCUUCGACACGCUCCUUGCUGGUCAGCCUUUCGGACGCAGCAUGCCCUUCUCGUCUGUGUGGGAGUGGCUCUUGAGCGCUUGGCACUACCACGGCGUCGGAGCGCUCGUCCCGGACAAAGGCAUCCUCGAGGCUUCACCGGUCAUCCACGACACGUUCCCCGCGCUCGUCCGCUCUGGAAGAUGCGACUACGUCCGCGGUGAUGCUCUCCGACUCACGUCGCGCGGAGCGCUCGUUCACGUGCUUGAGCGGCCCAAGGAGAAGCGCGGCAAGCUCGACAAGGUGGUGCCUCGCGACGAGGAGAUCGAGUGCGAUGUCUUGGUGAUGGCAACUGGGUAUCAGAAGCCUUCGAUGGAUUUUCUUCCGGCCGAGUUGUUCCCUGAAGGAUACGGGAGCACCGACCUCUGGCUGCAGAAUUUCUCGACGGAAGAUUGGUCUCUGCUCACUACUAACUCUGCGUACGGAAAGACGGUCGGGAUUGGCGGGCAUAUGCUUACUGGGAUGUAUACGCGUAUUCUGCUCACGAUGAUGCUCGAUCCCUCGACGCGUUCCGACGAAAAACACAUGAAAGCAUGGGUGGACAACUUCAGGGGUGUGAAACGCGGGGCGAACGGGGGAGCUAUUGCCCUUUUCGCAUACUUCGAACUUUUUAUAUGGAUGAUGACGUUCAUCGCUUUCCGCCUCGACAGACUCCCCCAGCUGUUCUUCAUACUGCAGGGCUGGGGCGUUCAUCCGGCCCACGAGGCGGAGACACCGCACGAGACAACAUCGUAUGAGAUGGGUAAAAGGGAGGUCGAGUCUGCGAAAGCCUGA